UUUUAUUGUAACUUUUGUUAAUUUAUUAAUUGUUUAAUUAUUUGUGAGUGAAAGUUGUGCCAUGGCCGGCAUCAAUCGACCCAUGAGCCAGAUGAGGAAGCUAGAGACUAAAGAGGCGUUAUUCCGGGCCAGGAAGCGGAUCCUGAAGUAUCUGGUGCUGGGGUUCCUGAAGCAGGAAGGCUACAUGCACGCGGCCGAGACUUUGGCGUCCGAGGCCGGCCUCACCGGAGAAUACGAGCUCUGCGACAACAUUGACCUGGACAUCAUACUACAGGAUUACUGCAGCUACUACCUGAUCAGGUUCAACAAGCAGCCGCAGUUCCUCCGCCAGGUGGAGGAGAAGCCGGCCCUCCGCCGCCCGCCCACCAGAAAGGGCCGCCCUCAAGAGGACAAGAGGGCGGUGUUCCUGGAGCCCUGUGGAGAGAAGGAGGCGGACUUGCCUUCUACAUUUACUGUCACCAAGUUGACUAGGGAAGUAAAUCAAGAAAUGAACAUACCUGCGGUAGAAAGAAAAUCUCUGGCGGCCUUCAUGUCAAACGUGUCGCCUGACAAGAAGCAGUUGGUGGAGAUGUUGUACCAGGACAUCGUCAGGCCUUCGGGCGUCGCCUGGGAUGACAUCAAGGGGCUGGCCUCGGCUAAGAGCUUGCUUGUGGAGUCCGUCGUCUAUCCUGUAAGGUAUCCAGAAGUGUUCACCGGUCUUCUAGAGCCGUGGCGAGGGGUGCUGCUGCACGGGCCCCCGGGCACGGGGAAGACGAUGCUGGCGCGUGCGGUGGCCUGCGAGAGCUGCUGCACCUUCUUCAACGUGUCCUGCAGCACCAUCGUCAACAAGUGGCGGGGGGAGUCUGAGAAGCUGGUUAAGGUGCUCUUCGAGAUGGCCUCCUACUACUCCCCGUCAAUCAUCUUCGUGGAUGAAGUGGAGACGAUAGCCUCCGACCGGUCCGCGCCGGGGGAGCACGAGGCCUCCCGUCGGUUGAAGGUUCAACUCUUGACUGAGCUGGACGGCAUCAGUGCGAGAGAAGGCGUGGUGUUUCUACUAGCAAACUCGAACAUGCCGUGGGAGAUCGAUCCAGCUAUGCUAAGAAGACUGGAAAAACGCAUCUACAUACCGCUGCCCGACUUCAAAACGCGCGCCGAACUGUUCGAGAAGUUCCUCGACUCGAAGAGCAUAGAACUGUACCCGAAGGUGGACUUCCAGGAACUGGCCGCAAAGACCGAGGGGUAUUCUGGAAGCGACAUCAAGCUGGUGUGCAAGGAGGCCUUAAUGUCCACUGUGCGGAAGAUGCUGCCAAGUAUGGUGGUCAAAGGUUCCCAAGCCAAUCGCAAAGACAGACUGAACUUGUCCGAUAUUUUGACAGCCAUAGAGAAGACCAAGCCGGUCUCCAAGAACUUGGCCAAGAGACACGAGGCGUGGCAGAGUGAGAUGGGCUGCUCCUAGCGAUGGAAGAAGUGAAAGCGGUAUUUUAGAGUCCAUUUACUAUUACCAACUCAUUUAUUUGAGGCGGAAAAUUUUAUCAAACCCUCGUCCCGUCCGAUUAGGUAUUUGCCUCCUAGUUCAAGGAUAUUAUUUAGAAAUAAAUAAUAUUUCUCCCCAACCCUUCUGGCCAUCCUGGACACGUGGAGUGUAGGCCAAAUCUAUUUGCCUUUGGAAGUUAGAGAGGGUCGUGCUCCUACACUGAAGAUUGAUUGACCAGAUGAUGAUUAUAAUUUCCCAUAAACUAAGUAUGACCAGGCCUGUUCAUCUCCGCGAGUUUACAUCGAAAACAAAACACGCACGAUGGCCCACCUACAGGAUACUAUUCGACAAGGCCUCACAUACGAGCGAACAUUGACUCACGCACGCGUAUUCUUGUGUAUGAUGGAAGAAAAUAAAGAAAAUGGUGUACUAAAUACUGUGUAGUAUUUAACUGCCUAAAUAAUAAUAAAAACACAGAAUGUACUUUUUAAGUUGCCUCAAGACACUGAGAGGUAAAUAAGUAGUUAAUAUUAUUCAUGAUAAUUCAUGCUAAAUCAUGUAUUUCCUCCGCCAUUUUCCGCAGUUUGGCACCUCACGUCACAUCAUUUUACCGAAGUCAGCCCUAAAGCUUCGGCGCAGUGCCGAUCACUGACGUUUGUCAACAAAAUGGUGCUUGACUCUUGAGACAGGCUAAAUUACACCAUAUUGUUAAUGACAUUGAGCAUACAUUUUUUUAAAUAACUUCGCGAAGUAAAACU